GCUCUGGCGGCGGCGGUGGCGGCGGCGGCGGUCCGUGCUGCGCGAGCGGUGGCGGCGGCGGCUCGGCGGGACCGAGGGCGGGAGCGGCCGAGACCAUGGCUGGAGGCAAAGCUGGAAAGGACAGUGGGAAGGCCAAGGCUAAGGCAGUGUCUCGCUCACAGAGAGCUGGGUUACAGUUUCCCGUGGGCCGUAUCCACAGACAUUUGAAGACUCGCACCACAAGUCACGGAAGGGUCGGUGCCACUGCUGCAGUGUACAGUGCCGCAAUUCUGGAGUACCUCACUGCUGAGGUGCUGGAGCUGGCAGGUAAUGCUUCCAAGGAUCUCAAAGUUAAGCGGAUCACUCCGCGCCACUUGCAACUUGCAAUCCGUGGUGAUGAAGAGUUGGAUUCUCUUAUCAAGGCUACCAUAGCUGGGGGUGGUGUGAUCCCUCACAUCCACAAGUCUCUGAUUGGAAAGAAGGGACAGCAGAAAACUGCUUAGAGACUUGUUCUAACCAAGCCUCUUCCUCCCCGUCAUUGUACUGUAACUGGGACAGAAGAAAUAAUGGGGAUAUGUGGAAUUUUUAAAACAGUUAAGUGGAAAAGCAUAGACAAUUGCUGUAGACAUGAAAAAGAAACAUUUGUAUGUUCUUAGACUCGAAGUUGGAUAAAAAUAUCUUUUCAUGUGGCAACAGUUGUGUGUUGAUUGGCUAGGUUUCUCCCAUGUGUUUUAUACAAAAAUGGAAUUGAUAAACCAUUUUUUAAAAAAAUAA